CCUCUCACGUCCCUUCAUUUAGUUUCUAAGGGAAAAUGAUGCGAAUGCCUAAAGGCGUUUCUCCGGCAUCGGGUCGGCCAGCUAUGGGGCUACCCUGCACUCAGCAGAAGAUGAAGGUUUUGUCCACCGGAACAGUGAAAACCGAGUUCUUCAGCACCGGACUGUCCAGCCCACCGAUGAGCACGGUACCGGCCGGGUAUUUCACCCAGAUCUGCAACACCGCCGUGGCCGAACAAAGAGCCAACAGCCUGUAUUCAACCCCCCACGGACCAGAGGCUAAACCCAUCAGAUCAUCCUCCGGGCGACUGCCGGCCAAAAGGAAGCUGGAUCUAGAGGACCCUCUAUACCUCCCAGAGUUCCGCACACCAAAAGGCAAAUGCAGCAUCGCAGCAAGGAUACCAAGCCCAAGAACUCCAAAGUCUCCAGGUGAGCGGACGAGGUACGACACUUCCUUGGGCCUGCUCACCAAGAAAUUUGUGGGUCUGAUUGCGGAGUCCCCUGAUGGAGUUCUUGACCUAAACUGGGCCACUGAGGUUCUGGAGGUCCAAAAGAGACGCAUCUAUGACAUCACCAAUGUCCUGGAGGGAGUUCAGCUAAUCCGAAAGAAGUCCAAGAACAACAUUCAGUGGUUGGUUGGAGAUGUGUUUGAGGGUGGUGCAGGUGGAGGAGAGAAGGCACGUGCCCUGAGGAAAGAGCUUGGAGACCUGGAGAAGGCAGAGAGAUCUCUGGAUGAACUAAUCCAUUCAAGCAGCACACAGCUCAAACAGCUAACUGAAUAUAAAGACAAUCAGAGAUUGGGCUAUGUGACAUACCAAGACAUCCGAUCCAUUGGCACUCUCCGAGACCAGACAGUCAUUGCUGUCAAGGCCCCUGCUGAAACCAAGCUGGAGGUGCCAGACACUGCAGGGCAAGGGUCAUUACAGAUCUAUCUAAAGAGUAAGAAUGGCCCCAUUGAAGUCUACCUGUGUCCAGAGGAGGGUCUUGAAGACGCUAGUCCUGUUAAAAGUGCUAUCACGCCUAAAAAAGAGUUCCCUCAACCCCUCGGCCCACCAGCUACAACCCUGAUGGCACCACCAAGCUAUAGCAUCAAAGAGGAGCCUAUUGAACUUAUUACUCACACACUCACCCACCUCUCUUGCCCUGUUCCUCUCUUCUACACACCCACCUUGUCUAUAGCAGCCCCAGUCGCCUCCUCCGCUACAGCGUCCACUUCUUCUCUGCUGGACGUAGAAGGUCUGCUGGGUUUGCCCCCUAGCCUCCUCCAGAUGACGGAGGACCAACUCCCUUGCACCUCCUUUACCGCAGACCCUAACACCCCCUUUGUCAGUUUCUCUCCACCCUUGGACCACGACGAUUACCUCUGGAGCCUAGAAGAUGGCGAGGGAGUGUCAGAUUUCUUUGAUACUUACGAUCUUGGAGAUCUGUUGAAGAGCUGAGGUAUAGAUUAAGGAGGGGAAAGGAAAUAUAGUGAGGAAGGAGGGCGAGUAUUUAACUGAAUGCCUAAUAUUACACUAUGAAGCCAUCACUAUGUUUUUGCCAUGCCUGUUUUAAUAUGAAUAAU